CCGGUGCUCGGCGGCGGCACCUCGAACUUGGGAACUGUCCACCCGCGCCAGCUCCUGAAAAUGAACCUCCAGACACUCUACCUGCUCGGAUUGUUCCUCGGUAGCGGGCAAGCACUUCAAGUGUCAAUUUCCCUCAGCAAGGUAGAAGUCAGUGUUGGUGUAUCCAAAUUCUUCACAUGCACAGUUAUUGGUGAACCUGAGAGUAUAGAUUGGUACAACCCACAAGGAGAGAAGAUUGUUUCUAAUCAAAGAGUGGUGGUACAGAAAGAAGGUGUCAGAUCACGGCUAACCAUCUACAAUGCCAAUGUAGAAGAUGCUGGAAUAUACAGGUGUCAAGCAACAGAUUCUGGAGGACUAACUCAAGAAGCUACUGUUGUUUUGGAAAUUUACCAGAAGCUCACAUUCCAAGAUAUUUCAUCUCCACAAGAAUUUGUACAGGGAGAAGAUGUACAAGUCAUUUGUCGUGUUACUAGUUCACCUGCACCUAUUGUCAGCUGGUUGUAUCAAAAUGAGGAAGUCUCAAAUAUUGCUGACAAUAGAUUUGCCAUGUUGCCUAACAAUAAUCUUCAAAUUCUUAAAAUCAAUAAAAGUGAUGAAGGAGUUUACAGAUGUGAAGGAAGAGUAGAAGCCAGAGGGGAAAUCGACUUUCGGGAUAUCAUUGUAAUUGUAAAUGUUCCUCCAGCUAUUACAUUGCUCCAGAAGUCCUUUAAUGCUACAGCAGAUCGGGGAGAGGCAAUUACUUUAUUCUGUAGAGCCACUGGUUCUCCUGAACCUGAAAUCAACUGGUAUAGGAAAGGAAAACGUAUUGAAGAAAAUGAAAAAUAUGCAUUAAGAGGAAGCAAUACAGAAUUGACCAUUAGAGACAUAAAAAAUAUUGAUGCUGGUCCUUAUAUUUGUGAAGCAAGAAAUAAAGCAGGAAAAGUGACAAAUCAGACAUUCCUGCAAGUUUUUGUACAGCCUCAAAUAAUACAGCUUAAAAAUGAAACCACCUUUGAAAAUGGCCAAGCUACCCUCAUAUGUGAGGCAGAAGGAGAACCUGUCCCUGAAAUUACUUGGAAAAGAGCCAUUGAUGGAAUAACAUUCUCUGAAGGUGACAAGAGUCCGGAUGGCCGUAUAGAAGUCAAAGGGAAGCAUGGAAGGUCAACACUGCACAUUAAGGAUGUGAAAUUGACAGAUUCAGGAAGAUAUGACUGUGAAGCUGCGAGUAGAAUUGGUGGGCACCAAAAGAGCAUGUUUCUUGAUAUUGAAUAUGCCCCAAUCUUUGUGUCAAAUCAAACAAUAUAUUAUUCUUGGGAAGGAAAUCCCAUCAAUAUAAGUUGUGAUGUUCUGUCUAAUCCAUCAGCAUCUAUUCAGUGGAGACGAGGAAAAUUGGUUGUACCUGUAAAAAAUACCACACAUUUAAAGGCCCACAGUGCUGGAAGCAAACUUAUAUUGGAGAUUGCUCCAACAUCUGACAAUGAUUUUGGACGGUACAAUUGCACUGCCACAAACAGAAUAGGAACACGAUAUCAAGAAUAUAUUCUUGCCUUGGCUGAUGUGCCAUCCAGUCCACAUGGAGUGAAAGUUAUAGAGAUAUCACAGACUAUUGCAACGGUAUCUUUUAAUAAACCAGAUUCACAUGGAGGUGUCCCAAUUCACCAUUACCAAGUGGAUGUGAAAGAAGUCACUUCAGAAACAUGGAAAGUUGUUCUUUCCCAUGGAGUUCAGACAAUGGUUGUUCUCAGCAAUCUGGAACCAAACACGACAUAUGAAAUUAAGGUUGCUGCUGUAAAUGGAAAAGGGCAAGGAGAAUACAGCAAAAUAGAGAUAUUUCAGACUUUACCAGUUCGUGAACCAAGUCCCCCAUCUAUUCAUGGACAGCCAGGGAGCGGGAAAAGCUUUAAACUUAGCAUAACGAAACAAGAUGAUGGAGGAGCACCUAUUUUGGAAUAUAUCGUAAAAUACAGAAGUAAAGAUAAGGAAGAACAGUGGCAGGAAAAAAAGGUUCAAGGUAAUAAAGACCACAUCAUUCUAGAACAUUUACAGUGGACAAUGGGCUAUGAAGUGCAAAUUACUGCUACCAACAGGCUGGGAUAUUCUGAACCAACUUCAUAUGAGUUCAUUAUGCCACCAAAGCCCAAUAUUAUUACAGACACGCUCUUCAAUGGCCUUGGACUCGGAGCAGUCAUUGGUCUAGGUGUUGCUGCCCUUUUAUUAAUCCUUGUUGUGACUGAUGUCAGCUGUUUCUUUGUACGGCAAUGUGGAUUGCUAAUGUGCAUCACCAGACGAAUCUGUGGAAAGAAGAGUGGCUCAAGUGGGAAGAGUAAAGAGCUAGAAGAGGGAAAGGCUGCCUAUCUGAAAGAUGGAUCAAAAGAACCAAUAGUUGAAAUGAGAACAGAGGAUGAAAGAAUUACCAAUCAUGAAGAUGGAAGCCCAGUAAAUGAACCCAAUGAAACAACACCAUUAACAGAACCAGAGAAACUGCCAUUAAAGGAAGAAAAUGGAAAAGACGUUUUAAAUUCAGAUACUAUAGAAAUCAAAGUUUCUAAUGACAUCAUCCAGUCAAAAGAAGAUGAUAGCAAAGCAUAAUACCACACUACAGCUGUCUAAAGGGGAAAAAGGCAUUUGGAUUCAAAUAAAUCUGUGACCAAAACUUUACAUCUGACCUUUGUGGGCAAUUUAAGAUGGAAUAAUUCGUAGAAGUAGAACAAACUACUUCUGUCAAUUGUCCGUUUUCAUUUUAUUUCAAUUGUUUUAGUCUGUAGUCCUGGCUGACAUCAGUCCCGUGGUCUCAGUUUGGCAAAUCAGCCGAUAUAAAUACUGUAAUUUAUUUUAUUGCUGAAGAAAUCUAUUUAUAAAACAUCAAGAUACCCCCUUAGCCACAGACUGUACAUGAGGCAGCUGUACCAAUUUUAAUGGAAAUUAAACCCAUGAGAAAAAGUGCCAUAUACAUUUAUAUUUGUUUGUAUUUGCAAUUUUAAAAGAUUUUUGUUGCCUUUAAAAGAAAAAAUAUAUAUAAAUAUAUAUAAAUAUAAAUAUAUAUAUAUAAUAUAUCAGUCUCAGUUAGAAAUUAGAUAUAUGUGGCUCGAAAAGGCUAAAUAGUGACCUCGGCUGCAGCUGACCUUUGACACAACAAUAGACUGAACUUUCUCAUGAUGAUAGCCCUGCACUUCACACCAAUUCUUAAUUACAAUGAAGGGUUCAUAGGUUUGAUGUACAGAUUUUAACAAAGUUGUGAACUAUUUUGAUGAAGAUAUUGAUCACAUCCUAACUAUCAAAGUCCACAGAAAUUUCAGUGCUUCAGAUAUUUCGUAUUUAUGUUUGGAAGAUUGUGUGUAAGCUAAACAUGUCAAAAACUUAUUUGUGUAAAAAUAAGACUCCUGACCUAUGACCAUAGCACUCAGCUUCAAAGGAAAUCUUACAACAAUAAAUACAAGCUCAACUGAGUUGCCUCAAUGUAUUUAUAAAACAUAAUAUUGUGAAUUCUUUGUUUUCAGUC